AUGGGCUGUACACAGCGAGGCCGCGGCUGGAGGAACAUAAAUAAAGCUGGCGAGAAUUGGCGGACAGGUACAUCGUCGUGUCAGGUAGUAACAGCCAGUAGCAGCAGCAUGAGCCGGUCGCUACUUAGUGCGGCCUCGUCACUGGCCUCGAUGAAAUGGCCAUUUAGCUCUCAGUCAACACUGGGCGAAACCGCACUGUCAACAAACAGAUUCGUUGCUUCACUACCAGACAGCAGCAGCAGCCGUAACAACAGCUUUAACGGCAACAACAACAGCAACAAUACUAUCAACAACGACGCCGGCGUCAGCAGUAGCCUCAGCAAAAAUUACAGCCCAGUAGUUGGUAUCGUCUUGCGUGUGAACAACAAUGAUGGCAUGGUUCAGCAACAGCAACAACAACAGUGUCAUCAACAGUCUUUAAGCGUUGACAGCACAAGCUGGUGCGGGAGGAGUACGCCUGGCGACGACAACACCGAACGUAUUAAUGGCCACGAAUCAUCACAGCUAAUAAUUCUGGAGGGCGAUUUUACCUUGAAAAAUGAGGACGCAUAUCCUAUUGUCACCGCGGACAACGAUAGAAGCGACAACGAUAACAACAAUAAGUCUUAUGUGACAACUGAGGGUUUCAGCAACAACAGUCACGAGCACACGCAUAAGAGCGGUCGUGAUGAGCUCGUUGCCAACAGCAUGAGCCUGACCAACAGAAUACUGCUUCCAACACCAGCGAUUGCUCGAGCCUUUAGCGGACUGGGGACGCAGGUCGGGCGUGCGUUGCCCAUUUCGAACAACCAUAAUAAUAUACCGGUCAUGAUGGCGGACACUGACGGGAUCGUUAAGCGCCUUCAGUGUGCCGAAAGCAGGCCUAUGCGCCUGGCCGGGUGCUACGACGAGACUCCAUUGCUGCUCCAAAUUCCCGUUAUUCGCUUCGAGACGACUGGCUUUGCGCCCCCUCAAGCUCGUCGAGCUGCGAUUAUGCGGCUAAUGAGCCGCAUGUCCGAUAACUCGGCGGUCGCUGGUUCUCAGGCUUACUGCUAUGCUCUGCUUUCUAUUACUACUCCUAAAAGUAAUGCUUAUUCUUCGUCUUCUUCUUCAAUGAGCACUACUAUUUCUACGAGUGAUACUGCUACGAAUAAUAAUACUUAUUCACCUUCUAUUGAAGCUACUACCACCAAUUUACCUUCCUUUUCUUCGUCGGUUACAACUAGAACGGCAACAACUAGAAUAUCUGCUAUUCCAACAGUUUCAACUUCGACAAUUUUAACUAUUACUAGUAGUACUGAUACUCCGACGUCAUCAACAGUAACGGAUACAACGCAAAGUGCAAUUCGCAAACGAGCAGCUUUUCGAGACACCUCGGAUCCUUCCGCCAAGCAGGCCAAGACGCUCUGA